AUGAACUCUUCAUUGAUUCCUAAAAGAGUCAAUUUAUUGAACUUUGCUUUAAGAGCCAAUAAAGGAAAUCUCGUUGUUCUAUUAAAAUCCCUUCUUAUUCCGACUACAUCUUAUAAUAUUAUAAUUGGUAAUUCUGGUAUUGCAACUUGUUCAUUAGCUCUUUCUGCUUUGAUUGAUCAUUCAAUAAACACCUUUUAUAAUGAACCAUCAAUGGCUCCACUACUUUCAAAUCUUCUUGAUAAAUUAUUAUUAGGAACAACUGUUGUGUCAUUGUCAUGUGUAAAUAGAGUACCACCACAAGUUGCAUCAAAUAUAUUUGCAAGAGAUGUGUUGCUGUCUGUUGGCUCAUUACUUCAUCGAUACUUAGCAUUUCCUCAUCCAAUUGAAUGGGAUAAAUUCUUUGAUACAUCUCAGUACACUUCAUUCACAAUUACCCCAACUUAUUUUGGAAGAUUGAAUACUUCUAUGACUACUUUAUUAACAAUUUGCGUUCUUUUAAAUUGGACAUUUAAACCACCUGUUACUCGAGCAUUUGUCUCUUUCUUACCAAAAGUAAUGGAUUUUUGUAGUAUAUUUUCUUUUAUUGAAUACUUCCUUCCACCAGCAAUACCUAAACCUCGAUCGUAUGGAGUAUUUUCAUCCUUAUUUAUCUAA